CUCUGCCUUCUCUAUCGUCCCUCUCAUCUCUUCAGCGUCACUCUCCUCCCCGUGCUUCCUUCCCCUCUCCGCUCACAAUGGCUGCUGCAAUCAAGGCAAUUAACGCCAAGAUCCGUUCCAACAAGGUUCUGGACUAUGUUUGCUCUACACAUUUCUGGGGCCCUGCUUCCAACUUCGGUAUCCCCAUCGCCGCUGUCAUGGACACCCAGAAGGACCCCGAGAUCAUCUCCGGUCAAAUGACUGGCGCCCUCGUCAUCUACUCCGGUACCUUCAUGCGUUACGCGCUCGCCGUCUCCCCCAAGAACUACCUCCUGUUCGCCUGCCACGCCAUCAACUUCUCCGCCCAGCUGACCCAAGGUUACCGCUACCUGAGCUACUGGAACUGGGGCGGCCGCGAAGCCAAGCUCGCCCAGGCUGCUCAGCAGGGCAAGGAGGCCACCGAAGCCGGCCAAUAGACCAGGAAAAUCCCCCCCCAAUCCAUCUCCAUUCUAUCAAUCCUGGGUCCUCUUCCUGUUUCUCUUCUACAACCCUAAUCCCUAUCUCUCUGGGCGCUUGUCUUCUUGACCGCUUGCGCGCGGGUGUUGUCUCAAUCUGUACGAUUUCGCAGCAAGGGGGAGGGGAGGAAGGGAGGGUGUUUUUGAUUUCCUUCCUUUCUCUUGGUAAGGAGGGUCUUCUGAUUGUGGUCUGGUUCCUUUCGGCUCUCCGCUUCGUUACCUUGCAGGUUUGUGCAUGGCGGGUGCCUUCGUGUAUAUAGCUCUUUUUUUGCUCCCUUCGUACUAGA